AUGGCUCCGUUUUCCCUCCCCGCCGACACGGCCUUCCCCGCCGACAAAGCCGCCAUCCUCCCCGCGCCUCUCCCAACCCCGUCUCACGGCGCCGGCGGCAGCUUCUCAAUCGCGUGCUCGACCCGCAUCAACGCGCCCCCGUCAAAAUGUCUUGAUAUCGUCCGCAGCCCGGCAGACUACCCCUCCUGGAACCCCUUCUGCCGCCUCGUCGAAAUCGACUCCCAACCCUCUUCCACCACCUCCUCCCCAGACCAAUUUCACCUCGGCACAGUCUUCACCUUCGACGUGCACUUCAACACCUCACCCGACUCCAAGCCAUCCACCAAGUCUCAGGAGCGCGUCUCAAUUUUGGAGGACAUCGUCGACCCCACCAGCAAGAAGGUAAUCGGGCACAGGAUCGGCUGGAUCCAGAUCGGUCCGCAGCCCGACUGGAUGCUCAAAUGUGAGAGAAUCCAGGAGUUUAUCGAAGUUGAGGGGGCAGAUGGAAAAGUGACGACAGAGUACAGAAACUGGGAGACGUUCUACGGGCUUUUGGCGGUUGUGGUCAAGUUGGCUGCGGGAGAGGGGGUCAGGAAGGGGUUUGAGGGGUGGAUGGGGGGGUUGAAGAGGAAGGCGGAAGGGGGGAACUGA